AUGUUCGCGGUGCGCAUCGUGACGGCCGACUACUACAUGGCCAGCCCGCUGCCGGGGCUCGACCCCUGCCAGGCGCCGCUCGGCCGGGCCCCGGUGAAGAAGGUGCCGGUGGUGCGGGUCUUCGGCGCCACCCCCGCGGGUCAGAAGACAUGUCUUCAUCUACAUGGCAUCUUUCCUUACCUCUAUGUGCCAUAUGAUGGUUAUGGACAGCAACCAGAAAGCUAUCUUUCUCAGAUGGCAUUCAGUAUCGACAGAGCACUUAAUGUGGCUUUAGGCAGUCCAUCUUCUACUGUUCAACAUGUGUUCAAAGUGUCAUUAGUAUCAGGAAUGCCUUUUUAUGGUUAUCAUGAGAAGGAAAGACACUUUAUGAAGAUCUAUCUUUAUAAUCCUGCAAUGGUGAAAAGGAUAUGUGAGCUUUUACAAAGUGGAGCCAUAAUGAAUAAAUUUUACCAGCCUCAUGAAGCACAUAUUCCCUACCUCCUACAGCUCUUCAUUGACUACAAUCUGUAUGGAAUGAAUUUAAUAAAUCUGGCUGCUGUCAAGUUUCGAAAGGCAAGAAGGAAAAGUAAUUCAUUGCGUACAACUGGAUCUUGCAAGGAUCAGCUAACAGGGAGUUCUCUUACUUUAUUUCGGUGGGAAGAGGAUGAAAUACCAAGCUCUUUAAUACUGGAAGGUGUUGAACCACAAAGUACCUGUGAAUUAGAAGUAGAUGCUGUAGCUGCUGACAUCUUAAAUCGAUUGGACAUUGAAGCUCAAGUUGGUGGAAACCCUGGUCUUCAUGCCAUUUGGGAAGAUGAAAAACAACGACGAAGAAACAGAAAUGAAACUUCUCAAAUUCACCAACCUGAAUCACAAGAUCGCGGGUUUGUGCCAGCAACAGAAAGUGAAAAAAAAUUUCAGAAGAGACUUCAGGAAAUUCUCAAACAGAAUGAUUUUUCUGUAACAUUAUCAGGAUCCACGGACUGCAGUAAUCGAUCACAGGAGUUUUCUGCUGAGUUAGCAUUGCGCCCUGAAGUUUUCUCUCCUGAAAUUAUUCAGUGUACACCAGCUAAUAUGGUAGAAGUCCACAAAGACACAGAGUUGACCAAAGGUAAUACUGAACACAAAAUAGAAGAUGUUCUUAUUAAUGAAGAAGCAAUUUUGAACCUUAUGGAAAAUAGUCAGAGUUUUCAGCCUUUGACCCAAAGACUGAAUGAGUCACCAGCUUUCUUGGACAGUAGUCCUGAUCAGGCUCUGGUUCAUCUUCUUGCUGGUUUGGAAAAUGAUGGAUAUCAGGGAGAAAGAAAUAGGAUGCCAUCACCAUGUCAUUCCUUUGGACAUAUUAAAAAUCUCCAAAAUAGUGAUGAUGAAGAAAAUGAACCACAAAUUGAAAAAGAAGAAAUGGAGCUAAGUUUGGUGAUGUCUCAGAGGUGGGACAGCAAUAUUGAAGAACAUUGUGCCAAAAAGAGAUCACUGUGCAAAAAUAUCCAUAGAAGCUCUGAAGAAGAUGAUUCAUCUUCUGAAGAAGAAAUGGAAUGGAGUAAUAAUAGUUUGCUUCUAGCCAAUCUUUCUAUACCUCAGUUUGAUGGAACUGCGGAUGAAAAUAGUGACAAUCCAUUGAAUAAUGAAAAUUCUAGACCUCAUUCUUCUGUGAUUGCAACAAGCAGACUCUCAGUAAAACCUUCCAUCUUUCACAAGGAUGCUGCUACAUUAGAACCCCCAUCUUCUGCUAAGAUUACCUUUCAGUGUAAACACACAAGUGCCCUUUCUUCUCAUGUUUUGAACAAUGAAGAUAUGAUUGAAGAGCUUUCACAACCAAACAGUAUAGAAAAAGGUCUAAAUCAUUCAAUUUCUUCUUUCACAAAUGAAAGCACUUACUCUGUGAAAUACCCUGGAUCUUUGAGCAGUACUGUGCAUUCAGAAAACUCUCAUAAAGAAAAUUGUAAGAAAGAUACUCCACCAGUAUCCUGUGAAAGUAGUAUUUUUGAUUAUGAAGAAGACAUUCCAUCUGUUACAAGACAAGCACCAAGUAGGAAGUAUACAAAUAUUAGAAAAGUUGAUAAGGAAGCCCCUUUCAUACAUGUGAACCGGUAUACUAGCGAAAAUGCCUUGAACAAAAAUUCUUUCAAUUUUUCUGACAUAAAUCACUCAAAAAGUAAAUUAUCCUCUGAAGGAAAUGAAAAAGGAAAUGGCACAUCUUUGAAUAGCUUAUUCCCCUCAUCGUUAACUGAGAAUUGUGAAGUGUUAUCCUGCUCAGGGGAGAAUAGAACUAUGGUGCAAUCUCUUGAUAACUUUACUGAUGAAAGUGGGCGAAAUAAACUUAAAAUUAGAUAUGAAGAAUUUCAAGAACAUAAAACAGAAAAGCCAAGCCUCAGCCAACAAGCAGCACAUUAUAUGUUUUUUCCCAGUGUUGUUCUUUCUAAUUGUCUCAGACCACAGAAACUUUCUCCUGUCACGUAUAAACUACAGUCUGGCAGUAAGCAAUCCAGGUUAAAAUUGAAUAAAAAGAAACCUGUAAAUCAUCAAGAGACUUCUACCAAAACUAGUGAGGCUGCAUCCCCAAAAGAUAAUUGUAUACAAAGUGAUCCUUGUAAUAGUAAUCCUGAGAAGGAUAAUGGAUUAGCCACUGAUUUAAUUAAAGUUAAUCGUGGAACUUUUGAAAAUAAAACAACUACAGACAGUUUUAUGGACUCUCACUUUGUAGAUGGAACCUUAGAAACAGAGCAGUCAUUUGGGCUGUAUGGAAAUAAAUAUACACUUCGAGCCAAACGGAAGGUAAAUUAUGAGACUGAAGAUAGUGAGUCAAGUUUUGUUACACAAAACUCAAAAAUUAGCCUACCUCAUCCCAUGGAAAUUGGUGAAAGUUUAGACGGAACUCUUAAAUCUCGAAAAAGAAGAAAAAUGUCUAAAAAGUUGCCUCCUGUCAUCAUAAAGUAUAUUAUUAUUAAUAGAUUUAGAGGGAGAAAAAAUAUGCUUGUGAAGCUAGGAAAAAUAGACUCUAAAGAAAAGCAAGUGAUAUUAACAGAAGAAAAAAUGGAACUAUAUAAAAAGCUUGCACCUUUGAAAGAUUUUUGGCCAAAAGUUCCUGACUCCCCUGCAACCAAAUACCCCAUUUAUCCACUAACACCAAAGAAAAGUCACAGAAGAAAGUCAAAACAUAAGUCUGCUAAGAAAAAAAAUGGUAAGCAACAGAGAACAAAUAGUGAAAAUAUUAAACGAACUUUGUCUUUUCGAAAAAAACGGUCACAUGCUAUUCUUUCUCCUCCCUUACCAUCUUAUAAUGCUGAAACCGAAGACUGUGAUUUGAAUUAUUGUGAUGUUAUGUCUAAACUAGGUUUUCUUUCUGAAAGAAGCACAAGUCCUAUAAAUUCUUCUCCACCACGCUGCUGGUCUCCCACUGAUCCAAGAGCUGAAGAAAUUAUGGCUACUGCAGAAAAAGAAACAAUGCUUUUUAAGGGUCCUCAUGCAUAUAACAGCAGGACUAUUAAUUCCCGUAUAGAAAAAAAUAGUCGAGCACGAUCACAAGUUAAGAAAGCAAAAGCAAAACUGGUUAAUCCUUCUGUUAUUACUAAGAAGAGAAAUAAACGGAAUCAGACAAACAAAGUUGAUGAUAGAAAAAAGAAACCAAGAGCAAAACAGAAACAGAAACCAAAUGAGAAAGAUACAUCAAGAAGGCAUGUUAUACUUAAGGAUGAAAAAAUUCAAUCUCAAUCUGGGGCUGAAGUUAAAUUUGUGCUGAAACAUCAGAAUGUACCUGACUCUUCAAAUAGUUCUGGAGGCGCGCAACUACUUUUUAAGCAGAAAGAUAUGUCAUUAACAGGCUCUAACAUGGAUCAUCCCCUUUCUGUUUCCCUAUCCACUGGAAUUCAUGCACAACAGAAUUUAUCAGGUUGCUUUUCUUCUUUUUUAGAAAGCACGAAGCCUAGUUCAGGAGGUGAUUUGCAUUCAUCCAUUGUUUGUAGUUCUCUGGGGCCUGGAAUCUCAAAGCUUAAUGUUCCUAGGUCUCAUAAUCAAAGUACUAUGUUUUCUCUAAAGGAAUCACCCUUAAUUCAAAAAAACAUAUUUGAUAUAUCCAGCCAUUUGUCUCAGGUAGCACAGAAUACACAGAUAACUUCGUGUAUAAUGCCUCCAAAGACAGAAGAGAAUACAAAUGUACAAAAAAAUUAUUUGUCUGUUGGAAAGUUUAAUGAAUAUUGUAAUUCUCUAGAAUCAAAGCCAGAUCAAGAAUACACUCCUAAUUUUUUGCAUUGUAAGGACAGUCAGCAGCAGAUUGUGUACAUGGGAGAACAGUCAAAGCACAGUGAAACUUGUACUCCAGGAAAUGCAACUUCAGAGGAAAGCCAGAUACCGAAUAAUUGCUUUGUAACUUCCUUGAGAAGUCCAAUCAAACAAAUAGCAUGGAAACAAAAGCAAAGAGGUUUUAUUUUAGACAUGUCAAAUUUUAAUCCUGAAAGGAUGAAACAACGGUCAUUGUCAGAAGCAAUUUCCCAAACCAAAGUACUUGCUCAGUGUAAAAAUCAAAAUCUGUCAGCACCUACAUUUGGUGAAGGACAGUCUGGACUAGCAGUUCUUAAAGAAUUAUUACAAAAAAGACAGCAGAAAGCACAAAAUUCAAUUAUUAAGCAAGACCAAUUUUCUAAUAAACAUCAGCCAAACCAAAACAUUUCUGGUUCCCUUGAACAAAAUAAAACAAUUAAGCGAACUCGUUCAGUAACAUCUCCAAGAAAACCUCGAACUCCCAGAAGUACAAAACCUAAAGAGAAAAUUCCCAAACUUACUAAAGUAGACUCUUUAAGUUCACAAAACUCUGGCCAAUUGGAUAACUCCUUAUCAGAUGAUAGUCCUAUUUUUUUUUCAGAUCCAGGUUUUGAAAGUUGUUACUCACUUGAAGAUAGCUUAUCUCCGGAUCACAAUUAUAAUUUUGAUAUUAACACAAUAGGUCAAACUGGCUUUUGUACUCUGUAUUCAGGAAGUCAGUUUGUCCCAGCUGAUCAAAAUUUGCCCCAGAAGUUCCUAAGUGAUGCAGCUCAGGAUCUUUUCCCAGGACAGAAUAUAGAAAAAAGUGAAUUUUUAAGUCAUGAUAAUCAGAAGUGUGAUGAAGAUAAACAUCAUGCCUCAGAUUCAACCCCAUGGAUUAGAUCUGGCACUAUAAGUCCUGAACUGUUUGAGAAAGCAUCCAUAGAUUGCAGUGAGAAGCGUCGUCACAACCAGUGGAAAAAUAACUUUCAUGUUCUAACUACUCGGUCUAAUUCAAUAAUAGAUUCUUUCUGUAUCCAACAAGCAGAGGACUGUCUAAAUGAAAAAUCUAGAUUGAAUAGGAGUUCAGUAAGCAAGGAAGUAUUUCUUAGCCUUUCACAGCCUAGCAAUCCAGACUGGAUUCAAGGUCAUAAUAGAAAAGAAAUAGAAGAGCCUCUUGACUCAGUCAAUACCACUUUUACUACAAUACUAUCUUCCCCUGAUGGUGAACUUGUAGAUGCAGCCUCUGAAGAUUUAGAAUUGUAUGUUUCAAGAAACAAUGAUAUAUUGACACCAACUCCUGAUAGCUCACCCAGAUCUACCAGCUCUCCCUCACAAUCUAAAAAUGGCAGUUUUACUCCUCGAACUGCUCACAUUCUGAAACCACUUAUGUCUCCACCAAGUAGGGAAGAAAUUAUGGCAACUUUGUUGGAUCAUGAUCUUUCAGAAACUGUUUACCAGGAACCAUUUUGCAGUAAUCCUUCUGAUGUACCAGAGAAACCCAGGGAGAUUGGUGGACGACUUCUCAUGAUAGAAACUCGACUUCCAAAUGAUCUGGCUGAGUUUGAGGGAGACUUUUCCUUAGAUGGACUUCGUUUGUGGAAAACAGCAUUCUCAGCAAUGACUCAGAAUCAGAGACCAGGGUCACCCCUUCGCAGUGGCCAUGCAGUUGUCAAUAGAGGAUCAAAUAAUAGUGACAAAAUGGUUGAAGAUAAAAAAAUUGUAAUUAUGCCUUGCAAAUGUGCCCCAAGUCGACAACUGGUUCAAAUAUGGCUUCAAGCCAAAGAAGAAUAUGAACGUUCCAAGAAAUUGUCUAAAGUUGAGCCAGCCGAAGUUAUAAAAUCUGCUGAGAUCUUCAGCUCUUCACUUGACCUAGAUGACAAACCUGUAGUGCCUCCAAAAACAGAUAUAAUUCCACUUAUACUCCAUACUACAGCACAAACCAAGGAAGUUGUUGAUAAUUCUCAAAUUGCUUUACAAGUGCCAACAGAAUGCAAUCGAACUGCAAGUGAAAAUCAGGUGCUCCAAUGUGUUGCUUCUGCAAAUGAGCCUGAGAAAGAUGAAGCUGAUGAUGAAGACUAUUAUGUUAGUUAUAGUUCACCUGAUUCACCAGUAAUUCCCCCUUGGCAACGAACAGCAUUCCCAAAUUCCAAAGCAUUUAAUAGAGAUGAAAGACCCUCAUCACCAGUGGAUAAAUUGCAUUCCUUAACAAUUGAGAACUUGAAGCCAGUAAAAGAUGGUAUUCAGACAAGCCCCUGUAACAAACCUCAGGAGCCUCUUGUGAUUUCUCCAAUUAAUAUUAGGAGAACUGAUAUAUAUGAAUCAUUUUGCCUUCAUAGUACACCAAUUAUACAGAAAAAAUUUCUAGAAAAGCUGCCUGAAGCAACUUCCCUCAGCCCAUUAUCAACAGAACCAAAAACUCAGAAACUAAGUCAUAAGAAAGGAAGUAAUACCGACAGUCUUAGAAGAGUACUCUUAACACAAGCCAAGAAACCAUUUGCAUCAGUAAAUUCCCCGAAGAAAGAAACUUCUCAGAUUGAUGGACCAUCCUUAAACAAUACCUAUGGUUUCAAAGUCAGCAUACAAAACUUACAAGAAGCAAAGGCUUUACAUGAGAUACAAAAUCUUACCUUAAUCAGUGUGGAGUUACAUGCCCGAACUAGGCGAGACUUAGAGCCAGAUCCUGAAUUUGACCCAAUCUGUGCGCUAUUCUACUGCAUUUCAUCUGAUACUUUACUGCCAGAAACAGACAAAACAGAAAUCACUGGUGUAAUAGUGAUUGAUAAAGACAAGUCAAUCUCUUCUAAAGAUAUCAGAUAUCAGGCUCCAUUGCUAAUUAGAUCUGGAAUUACGGGUCUAGAAGUUACCUAUGCUGCUGAUGAGAAGGCACUUUUUCAAGAAAUUGCAGAUAUCAUAAAGAGGUAUGAUCCUGAUAUUCUGCUAGGAUAUGAAAUUCAGAUGCAUUCCUGGGGUUACCUCUUACAAAGAGCUGCUGCCUUAAGUGUUAACUUAUGUCAGAUGAUCUCUCGGGUCCCAGAUGACAAAAUUGAGAACAGAUUUUCCACAGAAAGAGAUGAGUAUGGAUCAGAUGCAAUGAGUGAGAUCAACAUUGUUGGCCGAAUUACACUGAAUCUUUGGAGAAUUAUGAGAAAUGAGGUAGCUCUAACUAACUACACCUUUGAAAAUGUGAGCUUCCACAUUCUUCAUCAGCGUUUUCCCCUUUUCACUUUUCGUGUCUUAUCAGAUUGGUUUGAUAACAAGACUGAUUUAUACAGAUGGAAAAUGGUUGAUCAUUACAUUAGCCGUGUUCGUGGAAAUCUUCAAAUGUUAGAACAGCUGGACCUUAUUGGAAAGACCAGUGAAAUGGCUAGACUUUUUGGCAUUCAGUUUUUACAUGUACUGACAAGGGGUUCACAGUACCGUGUGGAAUCAAUGAUGUUGCGUAUUGCUAAACCAAUGAACUAUAUUCCUGUGACACCUAGUGUACAGCAGAGAUCGCAGAUGAGAGCCCUACAGUGUGUUCCCCUGAUUAUGGAGCCUGAAUCUAGAUUCUAUAGCAACUCUGUUCUCGUUUUGGAUUUCCAGUCACUAUAUCCUUCUAUUGUGAUUGCAUAUAACUACUGUUUUUCCACUUGUCUUGGCCAUAUUGAAAACUUGGGAAAGUACGAUGAGUUCAAAUUUGGCUGUACCUCUCUAAGAGUACCUCCAGAUUUACUUUACCAAAUUAGGCAUGAUAUCACAAUCUCCCCCAAUGGAGUAGCUUUUGUCAAGCCUUCAGUAAGAAAGGGUGUGCUACCAAGAAUGCUUGAAGAAAUUUUGAAGACAAGACUCAUGGUGAAGCAAUCUAUGAAGGCUUACAAACAAGACCGAGCACUAUCACGAAUGCUUGAUGCUCGCCAGCUAGGUCUUAAGCUUAUAGCAAAUGUUACAUUUGGUUAUACAGCUGCUAACUUUUCUGGAAGAAUGCCAUGCAUUGAGGUUGGUGAUAGUAUUAUUCACAAAGCCAGAGAGACCUUGGAACGAGCUAUUAAACUGGUAAAUGAUACCAAGAAAUGGGGUGCUAAAGUUGUAUAUGGUGACACUGACAGUAUGUUUGUACUACUAAAAGGAGCAACAAAAGAGCAGUCUUUUAAGAUUGGCCAAGAGAUUGCUGAAGCCGUAACUGCUACCAAUCCUAAACCUGUGAAAUUGAAAUUUGAAAAGGUUUAUUUGCCCUGUGUAUUACAAACAAAAAAGAGAUAUGUGGGUUACAUGUAUGAAACAUUGGAUCAAAAAGAUCCAGUAUUCGAUGCAAAAGGAAUAGAAACAGUAAGAAGAGAUUCCUGCCCUGCUGUUUCUAAGAUACUUGAGCGUUCAUUAAAGCUGCUAUUUGAAACAAGAGAUAUAAGUUUAAUUAAGCAAUAUGUUCAACAACAAUGUAUGAAGCUCCUUGAAGGAAAGGCCAGCAUACAAGAUUUUAUUUUUGCCAAGGAAUACAGAGGAAGUUUCUCUUAUAAACCUGGAGCUUGUGUGCCAGCCCUUGAACUUACAAGGAAAAUGCUUACUUAUGACCGGCGAUCUGAGCCUCGAGUUGGGGAGCGUGUACCAUAUGUUAUUAUUUAUGGAACCCCCGGAGUACCACUUAUCCAGUUGGUAAGACGCCCAGUAGAAGUUCUGCAGGACCCAGCUCUAAGACUGAAUGCCACAUACUAUAUCACCAAGCAAAUUCUUCCACCCCUUGCAAGAAUCUUUUCACUUAUUGGUAUAGAUGUCUUCAACUGGUACCAUGAAUUACCAAGGAUCCAAAAAACCACCACCUCCUGUCGAAGUGAGUCUGAAGGUCGGAAAGGCACUAUUUCACAUUAUUUCACUACUUUACAUUGUCCUGUGUGUGAUGAUCUGACUCAACAUGGCAUCUGUAGUAAAUGUCGGAGCCAACCUCAGCAUGUUACAGUCAUCCUGAAUCAAGAAAUUCGAGAGCUGGAACGUAAGCAGGAGCAGCUUGUAAAGAUAUGCAAGAACUGUACAGGUUGCUUUGAUCGACAUGUCCCAUGUGUUUCUCUGAACUGCCCAGUACUUUUCAAGCUCUCUCGAGUAAAUAGAGAAUUAUCUAAGGCACCAUAUCUUCGGCAAUUACUAGACCAGUUUUAAAUUAUCAGUGUCACAGAAUUCCAGGUGCUACUUCUUUCAGUGUUUACCACACUAAACUGUCGUGAAUGGUGCUUUUUCAACCUCCAUCAGUCAUGUAUGUUCACUGUGUUAUCCGAAGACCAUGAACACUUUUAUGCUAACUAAAAAUUGUACUUGAUCUGAUUGAAUUAGCUCACUUCUUACAAUGUACAAAUUCCUUGUCCUUUCACCUUUUUAAAGUUGUUUUAUAACGCAGGUGUUGAAUUUGCUCCAGUACUUGUAGCAUCAUGUAAAUCCAUUUGAGUAGCUCAUGUUUACUUCCCUGUGGAAGGAGCACUGAAAACCUCUUACUAAAUAUCUGUGUGUUUUUCUUGGACUGUCUGUAUCAAGAUGUGUUACCUAGAGAUAUCCAUUCACUUUAUAAUUUUAACUGCAAAAUAUUUUGUAAAUACACUUUUUUACUUUUCAAACAGCUGAGUAAUAUAAUGUGCAAUGAAUUUUAUACAAAUAAUUUUUCCAAGUUGUUUGGUAUAUUUCCUCUAGGUUUUGCUUGACUCAGAGUAGAGUUGUUAUUUUGAUCAAACUGUGCAAAUAGUAACUGUGUAGCAUUUUGAGACAUUAUUUUCUAAAACCCUGUCUUGCUUUAGCUAUUAAUGGGGCAUUGUGAGGAACUGUGCAAAGACAUUUUUGUUAUAAACCUGUGGGCCUGUUGCAAUACUUUAAAAAUAAAAAAUUUUAUUCCAUUUUGCUUGUUUUGUAUAGACAUUUCUAUUGCUUCUAAAUAUGCUUAAAAUAUUUUUCUUUCUGUAUUGUACAGUUAAUCUUAUUUGCCAUCAUCUUGAACACAAAAUGCAUAUUUAGAAUAUUUGUAUAACUAUAAAAUAAAGGAGGAGUUAUGUGGUCAGUGCAUUGUUUUCUAAACUGGAAAUAAUUUUGUUUUAAAAUAAUGGAAACCAUAUUAAAAUUGAAUAAAAUAUGAAACAUAA